GAGGCAGGGACCGCACCGGCUGGGCGAGGCGUCGCGCGCUCGGGCUGGUGGAGACGACGGGCGGCCCCGCGCCGGGCCAGGCGGGGCGAUCGCGAGGACUCAGCGCACAGCCCCGGCCAGGGGCGAGGUUCGCGGGCUGUCACAGCCGAGGGGGCGCCAGUCCCCCGUCGCUGUCGCGUGCUGGGGGCCGGGGACGUCAGCGCGCGGACCGACUGACUUACUGACCGACCGCCCGGAGGCGCACCCUGCUCCACCCUACCCCGGGCGCCGGCGCCGCCGCCCCGCCCUCCCCGCCCUCCCCGCCCGCUAACCCCCGGCCGCCCCUUCCUCCUCCACCACUUCGCCGCCUCGGUCUCUUCGGGGCUCCCGUGGCGCCGGUGCCGUCCUCUGGCCCUAGCCGGGCGUCUUGGCUCCCAGCAGAUCUCUCCCUAGAGUCAGGGGGGACAUUUCGUUCUAGCGGAGGAGGAGCCCCUGUGCGGGGGCUAGAGGUGCCCGGGGAGCUUCUACCCAGAGGACCGGGGGAUGCGAAGGGCUUCCCUCCUGCGGUCUCUUUCUCAGUCCUGUUGAGUCUGGCCUAAUCAAAGACUGAGGUUAUGAAGUCGAUCCUAGAUGGCCUUGCAGACACCACCUUCCGCACCAUCACCACAGACCUCCUGUACGUGGGCUCGAAUGACAUCCAGUACGAAGACAUCAAAGGCGACAUGGCAUCCAAAUUAGGGUACUUCCCGCAGAAAUUCCCCCUGACCUCCUUCAGGGGCAGUCCCUUCCAAGAAAAGAUGACUGCAGGAGACAGUCCCCAGUUGGUCUCAGACCCAGCCAACCUUACAGAAUUCUUCAACAAGUCCCUGUCGUCCUACAAGGAGAAUGACGAGAACAUCCAGUGUGGGGAGAACUUCAUGGACAUGGAGUGCUUCAUGAUCCUCAACCCCAGUCAGCAGCUGGCCAUCGCUGUACUGUCCCUCACACUGGGCACCUUCACUGUUCUGGAGAACCUGCUCGUGCUGUGUGUCAUCCUCCACUCCCGCAGCCUCCGCUGCAGGCCUUCCUACCACUUCAUCGGCAGCCUGGCCGUGGCAGACCUGCUGGGGAGUGUCAUAUUUGUCUACAGCUUCGUUGACUUCCACGUGUUCCACCGCAAAGACAGCCCCAACGUGUUUCUGUUCAAACUGGGUGGGGUCACGGCCUCCUUCACCGCCUCUGUAGGCAGCCUGUUCCUCACCGCCAUCGACAGGUACAUCUCCAUUCACAGGCCACUGGCCUAUAAAAGGAUUGUCACCAGGCCCAAGGCUGUGGUGGCUUUCUGCCUGAUGUGGACCAUCGCUAUUGUGAUUGCCGUGCUGCCUCUCCUGGGCUGGAACUGUAAGAAGCUGAAAUCUGUGUGCUCAGACAUUUUCCCGCUCAUUGACGAAACCUACCUGAUGUUCUGGAUUGGGGUCACCAGUGUACUGCUGCUGUUCAUCGUGUAUGCGUACAUGUACAUCCUCUGGAAGGCUCACAGCCACGCAGUCCGCAUGAUUCAGCGUGGAACCCAGAAGAGCAUUAUAAUCCACACAUCAGAGGAUGGCAAGGUACAGGUGACCCGGCCGGACCAGGCCCGCAUGGACAUUAGGCUGGCCAAGACCCUCGUCCUGAUCCUGGUAGUUUUGAUCAUCUGCUGGGGCCCUCUGCUUGCGAUCAUGGUGUACGACGUCUUCGGGAAGAUGAACAAGCUCAUUAAGACGGUAUUUGCCUUCUGCAGCAUGCUCUGCCUGCUGAACUCCACCGUGAAUCCUAUCAUCUACGCUCUGAGAAGCAAGGACCUGAGACACGCCUUCCGGAGCAUGUUCCCCUCCUGUGAAGGCACCGCACAGCCCCUGGACAACAGCAUGGGGGACUCGGACUGCCUGCACAAGCAUGCCAACAACACGGCCAACGUCCACAGGGCUGCGGAAAGCUGCAUCAAAAGCACGGUCAAGAUCGCCAAGGUGACCAUGUCUGUGUCCACAGACACCUCUGCCGAGGCUCUGUGAGCCCAAGGCCUCGCUGGCAGCACUGGAAAAGAAAUUUCUGUCUCUCUUUCCCUCUUUCCCUUGUCACCCCCUCUCUAGUCUCUAUUUCUCUCUACUUCUCUCUCUCUCUCUCUCUCUCU